AUGGGAUGUACUCUGAGCGCAGAGGAACGAGCCGCCCUCGAGCGGAGCAAGGCGAUUGAGAAAAACCUCAAGGAGGAUGGCAUCAGCGCCGCCAAAGACGUGAAAUUACUCCUGCUGGGGGCUGGAGAAUCUGGAAAAAGCACCAUUGUGAAGCAGAUGAAGAUCAUCCAUGAAGAUGGCUUCUCUGGAGAAGACGUGAAACAGUACAAGCCUGUUGUCUACAGUAACACCAUCCAGUCCCUGGCAGCCAUUGUCCGGGCCAUGGACACUUUGGGCAUCGAAUAUGGUGACAAGGAGAGAAAGGCCGAUGCCAAGAUGGUGUGUGAUGUGGUGAGUCGGAUGGAAGACACGGAGCCCUUCUCUCCAGAGCUGCUCUCCGCCAUGAUGCGACUCUGGGGUGACUCGGGCAUCCAGGAGUGCUUCAACAGAUCCCGGGAGUAUCAGCUCAACGACUCUGCCAAAUACUACCUGGACAGCCUGGAUCGGAUCGGGGCCGCCGACUACCAGCCCACCGAGCAGGACAUCCUCCGAACCAGGGUCAAAACCACCGGCAUCGUAGAAACCCACUUCACAUUCAAGAACCUCCACUUCAGGCUGUUCGACGUCGGGGGCCAACGAUCUGAACGCAAGAAGUGGAUUCACUGCUUCGAGGACGUCACGGCCAUCAUCUUCUGUGUCGCGCUCAGCGGCUAUGACCAGGUGCUCCACGAAGACGAGACCACGAACCGCAUGCACGAAUCGCUGAAGCUCUUCGACAGCAUCUGCAACAACAAAUGGUUCACAGACACGUCCAUCAUCCUGUUUCUUAACAAGAAGGACAUAUUCGAAGAGAAGAUCAAGAAGUCUCCACUAACCAUCUGCUUUCCUGAGUACACAGGCCCCAACAGCUUCACAGAAGCCGUGGCUUACAUCCAGGCCCAGUACGAGAGCAAGAACAAGUCAGCCCACAAGGAGAUCUACACCCACGUCACCUGUGCCACCGACACCAACAACAUCCAGUUUGUCUUUGACGCCGUGACGGACGUCAUCAUCGCCAAAAACCUUCGGGGCUGUGGCCUCUACUGAGCCCUGGCCUCCCCACGCAGCCACCCACCACCCUGCCCAGCCUGCUGUCUCACCCCUGCCCUGGAACCAGAGGUCCGCCACCUCCCAGACUGCUCUCUACCCUUGGCAAGGAAGCACCAGCGGCUGGCACUGAAAGAGGAAGCACCCUCCAUGGUCGCCCUAGCCCCAGAUGCCAGGACACGUGGUAACGGGGCUGGCAGGGCGCCAAGUGCCUGCACCCGCCAAAACGGGAGACUCACUGGUCUCUGCUUCGUCGCUGGGUGUUUUCCCCAGGGGAGAGGGGUGUGGGGGCCAAGGCCACCGCCGGCCCAGAAUGGGCGUCUCUGCACGUAGUGGUUCAUGCUCGGGGUCCUUGGCUCUCCUCCUGUCUUCUGAGGCUGUGCAGAUGGUGGGGCAGGGUGCUGGCAGGGGCCAUGGGAGCCACUGCUCAGCUUUUCUUGGGAUCUCUGUGGUCGAGGGCAGCUCCAUCACCAAAAGCCAGGGUGGGACCAGGCCACCAACUGUGUGUGGGUCUGGGGGCUCAGGCCUUGGUGAGUGCCUCCCACCUCCUCCCCUUGCAUCUCAGCCCCGAACGCCAGCCCUUCCUUCUCUGAGCCUUCCUCCUUUCACAUCUUUGGGGCUCCCCAAUACCCUCCUGGGGAACCCCUGACUCUUUAUAGUCUGGAAAUGCUUCUGAGACUGACUUCUUGCAAAGGCAUGUGGUAGAUGGUAGGAGGGGUUGAGUCCCACGGUGUCUGGACAGAGGUCGGGGAAGAGGCGGUGGGGGGAGGAGGCCGGGGGAGUGGCUCUUGUGUUGACUGGGAUGGGAGACUCACACCCAGUCUUUGCAGGCCCCAGGAUGGCUUAUCUGUUUCUCCCAUACGUGCUUUUUCUUCUCAAAUUCACAGUGAAUUCAAUGCAAACUAGCCAGCGCAGCAGAGGGUUUGGGGACUGGAGGUUCUGUAGUUGAGGAGGCCCAGGGGAGGGGUGGACAUGACCCCUGUAGCCAACGUCCCAGCAUCCUUCUGUCUUGGUGAAGAAAUCGGAGAGUUUGUCCACAGCCCUUGGGGUCCCGCCAGCCCCUGGGGGCAGAUGGAUGGGCCCAUCCUACUGGAGUGUACGCUGUGAGGGGCGCAGCCUGCUCUCCUGGACAGAGUCCUGAGACCCCUUGGACGGGUUUUGCCACAGAGAUCCCUGAGCAGCAAAGGGUGGGGUGACUUCUCUUCCGGGUGACCCAGGCCCUGACUGGCCUCUGGCAAUGAACACACCUCUUUCUCUCUCCUGGGCGCCUCCAGUUGGUUGAUGCCACCAGCCAACACCCCAGGCAGACCCUGUGUGCUUGGGUGGCAGCUCUGCCUGGGGAACCAGAUGUACCCAACGGGAGGAGAGGAGCUGCUCCUUUAGGGGCCUCUGGGUCCCUCCUCAAGACUUCUGCUCCUCCAGCCCCCACUCUGGGCUUUGCUCAGUCCCGGGCCAGGCAGGACCCCUGGCCUCCCAGUGCAGCCCCUGACUGCCCCAAGGCCAGGAGCUCUGGGCUUCUUGUUUCCAACAGACACAGAGCUCUGGGUGGUGCAUGGGAGACCGGGCGCACCUUCCCUAGUGCCAAAUGCCUGCACGGGUGGGUACCACCAAGGUGAGCCCCAUUCCCUCCUGGCUGUCUUGCUGCUGCCCCUGGCCUCAUGGGAAAUCACAAGGCAGCCAGGCUGCAGGAGCCACCCUGGCAGCCCGGGUGCACUGCAGUUUUGUUUGCCUUGUGUGCUAUGCCUUGUGCCAGGUGCUGGGUUGUGGCAGAGGACAGGCCGCUGGAGCCAACAGCCUCCAUGUCCUGCACGGGCAGCCAGGGCCAGUCAGGCCGUCUUGCCAACACUGAAAACGUAGCAGUUAUUUCUUGGCACCACCACCCUGGAUGUGGCCAGCUGUGCCCCUAACUCUGCCCUGUGACCCCAGAUUCAAAGGCAGCUGACAAGAAGGGGAUGCUGGCCAAACCCCACCUCUGAGGCCUGGAGGUGGGAGUCACCGGCUCGCCAGGCCCAGGGCAGCAGGCAGGCGUGAGGGCCCUGGGCCUCAGCCCACCCUGUCUGCACCUUUAGGAGGCUGGGGAGCAGGGUGGCUUGGGGCCUCCCUGCCCUUGCGUCUCCUGGGCUGUCUUUCCUCUCCCAGAUGCUCUGUCCUGCUCAGCUUCCUGUGUUGCUCUUGCCUUCUGACCCCGGCCUGCCCAGGGGGUCCUUGGCUGUCUAGUCAAAGCCCCCAAGGAGUGAUAGGCCCUCCCUGUCCACUGUGUCUCCCAUCCACGUCGUCACAGCUGGCUGCACCAUGGGGAGGAAUGAUUGAGGUGACAGAUGAGUUUUGGCUCCGUCGUGGGUGUAGGUGUGGGGGAGAUGUUAUGGGUGGCCCUGUGUGCGCCCAGGAGAGGCCGUGCUUCAACUCUCCGAAUGCCUUUGGUUUUUCAGACCAAAGGGAUACUGAUUUCUAGGAGAGGUGCCUUUGCCAAACACCUGAAAAUUGUGCCUGACAUCCAUCUAGGUGCCUGUGGGCAAGCUCUGUGCCCUGCACCGAUUGCCCUCACGAGAGCACGGUCUUGGCCUUCCCACCACGAAUUGAGAGAGGCCCCAAGGCUCUCCGGCCUGACUGGAGCGGGCAGUGCCUGAGACCCAAGGAAGGGCUCUGUGGAGCCUGUGGACUCUGGCCUGAGGAGGGUGCAGGGUCUGCCCCAGCCCUGAGCAGGCGGCACAGCUCGGGGCCUCUCAUCCACAGCUUUCACAUUCUGGCUCUGUGGCCCCUUCCAUGGAGCCCUGGAUGCCCUGGCCCUUUCUCUCCCCUCUGGGCCCAGCAGAGCCUAAGAACCCGUGGCCACAUGCUCCUGCCAUGGGGCAGUGGGCAGAGCCCAGGCAGGAGACCACCACCGUAUCUGGUGCCAGGAGGCAGCUCUGCCUCCCAGCCUCUCCUCUGCGUACGGCUCCACGCCCCGCUGAUGGGAACUGCCCUUCCUGACUCCCCAAGUGCCCUCCCUACCCAGAGCCCCCACAACCAGGCUGUCCGUAAACCGCCAACAUGGAAGGCCCUUACCCAGGCCCUUCCCUCCUGCCAGGGGGAGUCCUGCCAGGGGAGCAAGUAUCCCACUGCGCCCGCCUAACCCUGCCGCAGCGUCUGCCCCAGUGGGCGAUUCUGCAGGUGCUCCUCUGGCCUGCGCCUUUCCUGGCUCCUCCGCCCUCCCCCUGGCCUGACCUAGUGCACUCUUGAGCCCUCUUGGUGAGUAAAUCCAUCGCAAUCCAGGCCUCAGUCUCUUCCCUCCGGACCAGGCAGUGUCCUGCCCGGCCCCCUUUUUGAGAAGUCUGGCGCACAAGGCCUCUUCAGGCGGCCUCUGCCCUUCCCCGAGCCUUCCGGAAGUCUUCAGGCACAACCUGGCCGUUCCCAGGAACUGAGGCCCGAGGCUCCGGCUCCACGGCCACCAGGGAUUCAAUCUGGGAUGCAAAGGCCAGCACCCUCCAGACAGCACCCCCAUGUCACCCCACAAGCCUACAGAGUGCAGGGUCCAGCAGCCCAGGGCACUGAGACGGGACACAACAGCCAGACCAGGAACAGGGCCUGGGCGUGAGCUGCUGCCCCCCACUCCCCACCCCCAGUGAGGCAAGUCCUCAGCCCUCUUGCCCAGGAGCAAAGCGGGGCCUUCCCUUGGGGGCUCCAGACAGACUCCACCCCCAACCAGAUGAAGGCCCCUGUCAAGGGAGGGCCUGCUCGGGGCAGAAGCAGAAAGAAGGCCCACCCAGACCACCCGCGUGAACCCAUAGCCUGUUCCCAGCAGAGCCAGCAACGCGGAGGCACCCCUGCUCCUGUGGCCCAUCCUCUCCUCACCCCCUCACCAUGCGUUCCUGCUGGCUCCCUGAGCAGCUAGGCCCUUCACCUCCUGGUCUCCUCUGCCUCGGUCCCUGCGUCCUCUGUGCCCUGUGCCCCUUCCCCUCCCCGUGCCCCUUCCCCUCCCCUUGCCUGGCAGGGUGGGCUGGGGUGCCUCUCCUUCCUUAGCAAACCUCUCUUAGGUGCAGUAGUCCCACCUCCCAACCCCAUCGCCACCCACCCCAUAGUAACUGUAAUUUUGUAAGCAGGGUGACCCGUUGGUUUAAUAAAUCUCUAGUCAUUGUAAUAAUUUAUUGGCUGCCGUAAUGUAUUUAUUAGUCACCUACAAUUAAUAAAAAGUGCCAGCUUUUUCUAGCAUGAGUGUGGUGUGUUG